CGAGCGCGGAGGAGGAGCUGUCAAAGUUUUCACCCAAGUCGAGCGAGAUCUCUCAUGAAGACGCAAAGCUUGAGCAUUCUGAAACCAUUAUAGAAGAGCCCUUAUACUAUGGAGUGAAGAUCGAUAGGUUUCAAACAGAAGAAAUGGCAGGAUUUACUGAGAUUGGAUGCGUUUUAACCUUUCUGCUUUCAUUAAGCUUGUGUGCAACGCCGGAAAAGAGAGUAUGUCAGGGAGCAAACAACAAACUAUCACAGCUGGGACCUGUGGAUGACCAUUAUCAGAAAUUAGUGAAGAUGUACAGCAACUGCACAGUGAUUCUGGAAAACCUGGAGAUUACGUACUUGAGAGAAAAACACGACUUGUCUUUCCUCAGGAGCAUCCAAGAAGUUGGCGGCUAUGUUCUCAUUGCGAUCAACACGGCCCCCAGUAUCCCGCUUGAGAAUCUGCGCAUCAUCCGUGGCCACUCCCUUUAUGAGGACAAAUAUGCCCUAGCUUUCCUGCAAAACUCCAACAACAGCAUUGGACAAGGCGUCAAACAGUUGUCACUGACUAACUUAACUCAAAUCCUGAAGGGUGGAGUAAAAUUUGCCCACAACAAUCAUUUAUGUAACGUGGAGACCAUUCAGUGGACUGACAUUCUCAACAUGAGAAGUCUUCCUGAAAUCGAAGUGCCAAUACCAAGCCAUGAAAGACUCUGUAUGAAGUGUGACCCAAGCUGUUACAAUGGUUCCUGUUGGGCCCCCGGCCCCCAAAACUGCCAAACAUUGACUAAGGUGAUCUGUGCCGAGCAGUGCUCUGGGAGGUGUAAGGGACCCAAUCCCAUUGACUGCUGUAAUGAGCACUGUGCGGCUGGCUGCACUGGACCCAAACCAACAGACUGCCUGGCUUGUAAAGACUUCCAGGAUGAAGGGACAUGUAAGGAUGCAUGUCCACGUCUCAUGCUCUAUGACCCCAACACCCACCAGCUUGCUCCCAACCCAGAUGGGAAGUACAGCUUUGGGGCAAGAUGCGUCAAGAAAUGCCCACACAACUAUGUUGUGACAGACCAUGGGGCAUGUGUGAGAACAUGCAGUGUUGGCACCUCAGAGGUGGAUGAGGGUGGAGUUCGGAAAUGCAAGAAGUGUGAUGGCCUGUGUCCAAAAGUUUGCAAUGGGCUGGGAAUUGGGCCUCUGACCAAUGUCAUGUCCAUCAAUGCCAGCAACAUCGACUCCUUUGAGAACUGCACAAAAAUCAGUGGAGGUGUUUCAAUCCUCGACAGAACAUUCGAAGGUGACCCACAUACUAAAACGCCAGGAAUGGACCCUGCCAAGCUCAGCGUAUUCAAAACGGUUAAAGAAAUCACUGGCUACCUGAUAAUUCAGAGGUGGCCGAAAAGCAUGUCAUCCCUGAGCCCUUUUGAAAACCUGGAGGUCAUUCGUGGACGCACCAGACAUCUGGGUACAUUUAGCUUUGCUGUCAGCAAGACCUCCAUCACACACCUUGGCCUUCACUCUCUGAGGGAGAUCAGUGAUGGUGAUGUGGCCAUCACUCAGAAUGAGCAUCUUUGCUACACCAGUCCUUACCACUGGACUCAUCUCUUCAAAUCCCAACAACAGACCGUCAAAAUGUCAUUAAAUUCUAAUGCUACCACUUGUGUUAAUCAGAACAGAACCUGCGAUGAGAUGUGUACCUCUGAAGGUUGCUGGGGUCCUGGCCCCACUAUGUGCUUCACCUGUAAACAUUAUAGCCGCAAAAAUCGCUGCAUCGACUCAUGCAACCUGCUGACUGGGGAGCCACGUGAAUAUGAAGUCAAUAAUACAUGCGUUGAAUGUGAUCCUGAGUGUCUGCUUAUGAAUGGCAACCUGACCUGCACCGGCCCUGGACCUGACAAAUGUACGUUGUGUGCCAACUACAAAGAUGGACCACACUGUGUACUGCGCUGCCCGCAAGGCAUACCAGGAGAGAAAGACAUACUCAUUUGGAAAUACGCUGAUGAGAUGAAUGUUUGCCAGCCCUGUCAUGAGAACUGCACCCAAGGAUGUACCGGGCCUAAUCUGAAAGAAUGUAAAUAUUUCAAAAGUUCGGGCUUGUCCAUGAUUGCUGCUGGUGUGGUUGGAAGUCUGCUGGCUUUUGUUAUCCUGGGUCUAGGAGUGGCUGUUCUACUGCGCAGGCGCCACGUCAAGAGGAAGAGAACCUUACGACGACUCCUGCAAGAAAGAGAGCUAGUGGAGCCUCUGACCCCCAGCGGCAAAGCCCCCAACCAAGCCUUGCUGCGCAUCCUCAAAGAGACCGAGUUCAAAAAGAUCAAAGUGCUUGGCUCUGGAGCUUUCGGCACUGUGUAUAAGGGUUUGUGGGUUCCAGAGGGAGAGAAUGUGAAGAUCCCUGUUGCCAUUAAGGUCUUACGAGAGGCCUCGUCUACCAGAGCAAACAAGGAGAUUUUGGAUGAGGCCUAUGUGAUGGCCAGCGUUGAGCAUCCUCAUGUAUGUCGUCUGCUCGGCAUCUGCCUGACCUCGACUGUCCAGCUCAUCACCCAGUUGAUGCCCUACGGCUGUUUAUUGGACUACGUCAAAGAGAACAAGGACAACAUUGGAUCUCAAUACUUGCUCAACUGGUGUGUGCAGAUUGCUAAGGGGAUGAACUAUCUAGAAGAGCACCAUCUUGUGCACAGAGACCUGGCCGCUCGUAACGUUCUGGUGAAGACCCCUCAGCAUGUAAAGAUUACUGAUUUUGGCCUGGCCAAGCUGUUAAGUUCCGAUGAGAAGGAGUACCAUGCAGAUGGUGGAAAGGUGCCAAUAAAAUGGAUGGCGCUUGAAUCCAUUUUACACAGAACAUACACCCACCAGAGUGAUGUCUGGAGCUAUGGUGUGACUGUCUGGGAGCUAAUGACAUUUGGAACAAAGCCCUAUGAUGGCAUUCCUGCGAGUGAGAUUGCAGAAGUGCUGGAGAAAGGAGAAAGACUGCCUCAGCCUCCUAUCUGCACCAUUGAUGUCUACAUGAUCAUGGUCAAAUGUUGGAUGAUCGAUGCAGAGAGCAGGCCUCGCUUCAGGGAGCUCAUCGCUGAGUUUUCCAAAAUGGCACGGGACCCAUCCCGCUAUCUUGUCAUUCAGGGUGAUGAUCGGAUGCAUUUACCCAGUCCCUCUGACUCAAAGUUCUACCGCAGUCUAACGACUGGAGAUCUUGAUGAAUCCGUGGAUGUAGAUGAGUAUUUAGUGCCCAAUCGUGGAUUCUUCAGCAGCCCCAGCACCUCCCGCACACAGCUGCUACACUCUGUGAGUCUCAACAGCAGCAUUGGGAACCUGCAGGGCAGAAAUGGGAAUGGCUUCCCGGCAAGAGAGAACAGCAUGGUUUUGCGAUACAUCCCAGACCCGACGGAACAGUUCCAGGAGGGAGACUUCCAGCCUGCUCCAGAAUACAUGAACCAGAACGGCUCACUGAUGUCCAACAUGACGAAUCUGAUCUACCAGCACCCAGGGCCCCCACACAUGCUUCCACACUCUUUAUUGGCACUUGACGAAACAAAGGAAGAGUACAUGAACUGCUUCAAGAGCCCCACUCCUGCUGCUGCCGCCCCACCAGAAUAUCUUAACACCUCCCAUACCCAGCUCCUCUCCAACCAGUUGUUCUUAAAAAUGCAGAGCUUCAAGCCCAAGAACAGCAUGGACAACCCAGACUACCAGCAGGACUUCUGCCCCCUGGAGCUCAAAACACACACCAACGAUCAUUUGCCGGCUGCAGAAAAUGCAGAAUAUGUGUGCCUGGAGGUGCACUAGCACAUUAUGGAGAGGAGAAACUGUUAAAAUGAGCCACUUUAGUUAAAAGAUGAAAGGACAUCUAUUUAUAGCAGAGGCAAAGGAAAUUAUAUUGCUGUGGAAAUGAGGAUCUUCGAGAGCAGAGCCUUUCAAAUAUGCUUGUUUCUUUCUGAGCUAGACUUAGAUGCCAAUAUGAUUGCAUUGAACAAGUGGGACCCCCUAGAGACUAUGAGUGACUGCAGGAAUCAAACUGAAUGUUGAUGCCAGAAGAACUCCUGAAAUCAUAGAACAUGUAGCUUGCUCACACUCUUGUAUAAAAACAAAUAUGUUUUUUGGUUAGCAAAAUAUUGAACAUCAUCCCAGUGCACUGUGCUCAACAGUGUCUGUAACUAGAAAACAUUACUUUAAAGACUGAACUCAAAGUUUGUCUAAUGCCUCUCUGCUGUGAAUAAAAGUACAAUUGUAUAAAGAUUUAACUCCCAUUUUUUGCUGAAAAUGUUGGCUGUAUGGUUAGAAUCCAUUUUGUCCAAUAAACCAACACAUGGCUUGUUCCAGAAAACGUCCAGUUGAUAAGGAACGCUGCCGUGUUUGGCUGCCGCUCCUCUCACCGUUUAAUUGUUUAUUUAUUUAUUUUACUGGUAGUGCGGAUUUUUGGAGCAUCGAAGUUUUAAGUUUUUAUAGUCUGAGCUCUAUUUAAUUUAUUCUUCAUUGCGAUUUGGGAUUACUUUUUAAACUUUGUACUGCUUUCUAUGGUGGAGUCAACCCAGGAUUUACAUCACUUUGAGGCUAUUGUGGAUGUGGGCCCCUGCAUGGCUUUAAGGGACACUGCACGGCAGCUACUGAACAAUUUUUUGGCCGAUAGACACUCAUGAACAUUGUCAAAACAAUGGAAUAUUGAAUCCAAAACGCUACACGCAUUGCAGUUCAAGACGCAGUUUUGUCUCUUCGUCUUCGACUGCCUCUAUUCCACUGUUUCGGCGGAAAGCCAAAAGACUUAUUUUAUACUGCCGUUGAUUUUAGCAAUUUGUCAUCGCUUCCAUGUCUGGAGGUUUCCCUGUCUCUUCUCUGCCUCUGAGUCUGGUUAAAAUGGCGUUAUUUAAUGCAUGCUCUGUGAAUAACAAGGCUCUGUUGUUAUCGGACAUUAUAACAGAAAAAAUACUAGACUUAUUAAUGCUUGGCAGAAACAUGGCAUAAACCGAGUGAUGGUCUCUUCUUUAAUCAAAUUAAUCCCAAGGGAUAUGGGUUGGUUGAUCUCCCAUGACUCUCUGGUAGAGGUGGGGGUACUAUGAUGCUUUACAACCUAAAAUACAACUUAAGUCCUGUGUCUGUACCACAGUUCACUUCAUUUGAGUGCCUCGUUCUGAGUGACUCUGCCCCUCACACUACCAUCAUCACUACAGUCUACAGCCUCCCAAGACUAAUGAAGCCUUUUUGACUGAGUUUGCUAAUUUGUUGUCUCUGCUGUGCCUCAAGUUCAAGAGAAUUCUUAUAUUUGGGGACUUUAACAUCCACAUUGACUCAAAAGACUCAGUAUUGACAAAGGACUUUCUGUCUUUAUUACUCUCGCAUUGACUAUUGCAAUGCUCUCCUUGCCGGAGUCUCAAAAUCUACAUUAAUUAAAUUGCAAUAUGUGCAAAAGUCGGCUGCCAGAAUUCAGACUAGGGCAAGGGCCAGGGCAAGGGCCAGGGCAAAUGAUCACAUCACUCCUAUCUUGGAAUCAUUGCACUGACACCAUGUCAAGUUUCGUGUAGACUUAAAAAUGAUUAUGGUUACCUACAAGGCUUUGCAUGGUUUGGUUCCCCAAUAUUUGUCUGAGCUUUUAACCCUGUAAGCCCCAAAGCACGAUUUCUGCUCCUCUAAAUUGUUUUUGUAAGCUGUUCCUCAGACUCGUUUACGCUCUAUGGGUGACAAGGCCUUCUCUUCUUAUGCUCUGAAACUAUGUAACUCUCUACCCUCAUAACUUAGAGAAGUUCAGUCUUUUAGUGACUUUUAAUCAUAUCUUAAAACUAAUUUUUUCCAGGAGGCUUUUAAUUGAUACUAUUGUAUUCAAUUAAUUUAAUACUAUCACUUUAUUUACUGUGUUUUAUCAUUAGUUGUUUUGAGAUGCAUGUUUUAUCCAUUUGUAUUCAGCUCUGUAUUGUUAUAUUUUAUUUUUAUCUUUCCUUUCUAUAUAAAGCGCCUUGAGAGGCCUCUUUAAAGGCGCUAUAUAAAAUAAAGUUUAUUAUUAUUAUCAUAAUUAUUAUUACAUGUACAGAAGUGUAAUAAAUGGCUGACAUGUUAAGAGUAUUUUAUCCAUUGACAUAAACACAUACAGGGUCACUCACAUAUUCUGUUUCUGUUAGUAAAUUGGUACAUUUUUUCUUCUUCCAGUGAAUUUUGUAAUAUUAAAAUGAAUUUUACUCAAUGACAAACAUAUGAUCACAUUAUACUAUGGCAACCAUGUUGCACAAUUCAAGUAAUGUGAUUGGAUAUCACAUCUUUCUUGCUUUGAUAAUUCCUUGGAAAGCACUUUCAUUUACUGUUGCAGUAUGGUGGGCAAUUCUUAUCUCUUUUGUCUUCUCGACUUUUUUUUAUUACUGUAAGAAGUCAAUUCAAUAAAGAUGAUUUGUUCUUAUUAUUAUUC